UCAGUUUCAUCUGAGACGUUUGGCGCAGCGGUCGAUAGCAGAGGAAAUCUGGCCAAACGCUGUGAAAAAAAAUACGAACAAGGAAAAAGAAGAAGGCGAAAACCUCAAAAAUUCAGAUAGCAAAACGUUAAUUUCGAACUAAGUUAUAUACUUGAGGUUGUCAAUGAACUUUUUCGCCGGUCGAAAACUUGAAGAGUGAAUAGUGAAAAGUGAUUCCGCAAGGACCUAGUCAAGUGUUGUGGUACUUGGGCGCUGGCGGAGUUUUGCAUUUGCCGUCGCUAAUUGUGCAGCUGACAGGCGGCAAUCAGGAAGGAAAAACUUUUGCUCCUGCCGCCGGUAACGCUUCUUCCGCUUCUCGCACUUCAUCCAAAUCCGUGACCGAAUCCCGGGAAAUUGUACGCCUGCCAGGUCUCAAGCUGGACGAUUACCGCAAAAUGACACGUGUCAGGCGCAUUGUGCGCUUGGCCUAAAAGUAUGCUGCAUCAUUAGUGUCUCAACAACGGGCACAACUACACCAACGCCUACUACAACUACAACUACACCAACAAAGGAUGAACUGUGCUGGCUGCAGCUGGGAAAACUAAGAAUGCACGCUCAUUAGGCGGUGCAGACGCGGCGAGCAAAAGCGCACUGCGAGUUCCUAAGUCAAACGUCGAAAAAACAACGCCCCUACCAAACCAUAAUUAGCAACAACAAAACAAGAAGCACAGGGCAACGGGGCGUGGUCGACGCAAGGCGGAAGGACAGCUGGCAAAAGUCAAGGACGAAAGUUGCCGAAUAAUUCGCGAAAGCAUGACCAUGGGUAGUAACUUCAGUUAUCUCGAAUCCCACCAGACGCCCAAGGCGGACGCAGCGAGCUGAUUUUCACAACUAGACAAAUAGCCAGAGCUUGCGAAUAAAUCGCCUGGUGCAGCUGAUAGAUUCGAUUAGCAGUCUGAAAAGCAUAAAGCCAGCGGACCACAGAGACAACAGCCGGCGGCUUCUUUAAUUUGUCAACCAAACAACACCCACCCCACCGCGCCCAUCGGACAUCCGCUAAAUCCAUCGCCGUAAGCCCACAAAUAUCGCGUCAUGCCGGAGCAGGAUAAUUACGAUGAUGAGUUGGUCUCCAGCAAUCCCAACCAACGGAACUGGCGCGGAAUUCUCAUCGCGCUGCUGGUCAUCAUCAUUGUGCUGGCCCUGAUUGUUACAUCGGUGGUGCUGCUCACGCCCCCCGAUGAGGGACCGCGGGUCAAAGGGCAGCGCAUCAAGCUGCAGGACAUCGUCGAUGGCCUCUUCGUGCCGCAGCACUCCAACGGCAGCUGGAUCGAUGGCGAGGAGUUCCUGUACCAGGACCAUUUGGGUCGCAUCUGUCUGCUGAAUGCAGCCAAUCGCUCGGAACGUGUCCUCAUGUCCAAUGUGACAUUUAAAACCCUGUCACCCUUCACCUUCACCAUAUCGGCGGACAAGCGCUAUCUGCUUCUGGCCCAGAAUGUUGUGAAACUAUUCCGGCACUCGUACUUGGCCCAGUACACGCUCUACGACAUUCAGACCAGCGAGAGCAUCAAGCUGCGCCACAGUCCGCACCAGGAUGAAUGGCCAUACCUGCACUACGCACGAUUUACGCCAGCUGGAAACGCACUGGUCUGGGUCCAGAGCUACGAUAUCUAUUACCGAGAGGAGGUCCGCAGUGCGUCCGUGCAUCGGAUUACCCACGAUGCGGUGCCCGGAGUGGUGUACAACGGCAUUCCCGAUUGGCUGUACGAAGAGGAGAUCCUUCAUGCAAAUAAUGCAAUUUGGAUGUCCGACAAUGGCCAACUGAUGCUGUAUGCCACCUUCAACGACACGCACGUCCAGGAGCAGCACUUCGCCUGGUACGGCACGACGGGUCCGUCCGCCGGUGGAGCAGCAGCUGCAGCGGCAGUCGGCGCUGGAGGAGCCGGAACUGGGAGCCCAGGAGCUGGCGGCAGUAAUCCGCAUGCCAGCCUGUAUCCGGAAAUCAGGUCCUUACGCUACCCCAAGCCGGGCACUCAGAAUCCCACGGUAACCCUACGAGUGGCUGACCUAAAGGAUCCGCUGAAAGUUCACAUCACCGACCUGCAUCCUCCUCAGAUUAUAGCCAAUGAAGAUCACUACUUCAGCAGUGCCAGUUGGGUGAGUCACUCGAAGAUCGCGGUGGUGUGGCUAAAUCGUCCGCAAAACAUCUCGGUGGUCAGUGUGUGUAAGGCUCCAUUGUUCCAGUGCAUCGAGACCCACCGGGUGAGCGGAGAUGGACGUGGUUGGGUGGACACUGUCGCAGUGCCGCUGUUUGCCGCCAAUGCCAGCAUCUACGUGGCCAUAUCCCCGCUACGAGAUGGACUGUUUGGCUAUUUCCGGCACAUUGUGCACGUGGACAUCGACAAGAACCGCGUGCUGCCCCUCACCCAUGGGCCGUACGAAGUGAAUCGAUUGCUGCACUGGGAUCAGCUGGAUAAUUGGAUUUACUUUCUGGGAACUCCGGAGCGUCUUCCUUCGCAGCAGCAUCUGUAUCGCGUAUCCGCCCUGCCGGCCCGCCAAGGUCAGGCGCUUCGCUCACCCGACUGUCUGACUUGUCCGGCAGUGUCGCAGUGGUCCGAGGGCUACGACGAAGGUCACACCAAGUCGCCGCCCAAGCUGGUGACCGCCUGGGACGAUGACUGGGAGGAUUCCGAGGAAGCGGAGGCUCAACCGCCGCAGCCAGCUCUGCCGGUGGAGCAACAGCCUCCGGGGCGGGGUCAAAGUGCUCCACUGCCACCGCCUCCCAGUGAUUGCCUGUACCACGAGGCGAAGUUUCCAAUUUCGCGGCAGGCGAAGUACGUACUAAUCGAUUGCCUGGGACCAGUGGUACCCACCUCCAUACUAUACGGCUUGAAAUCCGCCGCUGCGGACAGUGCCAAGACGAAACGACACAGCACCCAGCAGGAAGAACCACCCACGGAGGGUGGUGAUGAGAAACCAGGGGAGGAGCCGAAGUCUCAGUUCCUGGAACUCCUGGUCAUCGUGCAGAAUAACACGCGCUUGAAGGAGAAGAUGGCCAAGACGGCUAUGCCGCAAAUCAAGACCUUCCCCGUGAUGAUCUCCGGCGGUUAUCAUGCCCAGGUUCGACUAUAUCUGCCGCCUGUGCUGCGCGAGGACGAGAUAACACGGUAUCCCACCAUUCUGCAUGUUUACUCCGGACCCGGCAGUCAGCUGGUCACCGAUCACUGGCACGUCGAUUGGAACACCUAUUUGUCCGGCAGCAAGGAUUACAUUGUCGUUGAGAUCGACGGACGGGGAUCUGCUGGACAGGGCUACCAGCUGCUCCACGAGGUCUACAAGCGUCUGGGCAGCGUGGAGGUCUCCGAUCAACUGGAGGUGAGCGAGUACCUCAGGGAUAACCUGCACUUCAUCGACUCACGCAGAAUGGGCGUCUGGGGCUGGAGUUACGGAGGAUACACAGCCGCAUUGGCCCUCGCCGGACAGCAGUCCAUUUUCCAGUGCGGCAUCAGUGUGUCACCGGUUACCAAUUGGAAGUUAUAUGAUUCCACGUAUGCGGAACGCUAUCUGAGUUUCCCCAACGUGACGGACAACUACAAGGGCUACGAGGAGAGUGACCUGUCCAAGUACGUGGACAACCUGCGGGAUCGCCAGUUCCUGCUGGUCCACGGAACCGCCGACGAUAAUGUCCAUGUGCAGCAAUCUAUGGUCCUGGCCCGUUCUCUGACCAGCAAGGGAGUGCUCUAUAAGCAGCAGAUAUAUCCGGAUGAGGGGCACAGCCUUUCGGGGGUUAAGCGGCACUUGUACCGCUCGAUGACCGCCUUCUUUGAGGAUUGUUUCAAGAAACUGGUGCCGCCGGAGUCGAAAGCUGGUCUUGGCAAUGGCGGCGAUAUGCAACAGCAAUAAACUUAAAUUAUGGCAGCAGAAAAUUCUGAUAACAAAAGUAUGGAACACAACAAACUUCAACCGGAACGUGCGAACGAAAUGUUUUUCUGUAAAUUGCAUUCAAUGUGAUUUAUCAUGAACACACCCACGACACUCACAUACACAGCAAGCGGCUAAAUGGCAACUCAAAUAGCCAAACGGCGGCGGCGACGGCAAAAAAAGCAACAACUAAGUUAAAUGGCAUUUUGUGUAAAAUUAAUAAGCAAAGCAGCAGCAGCAGCAGCAGCGAAAUGCGAAAUGCGAAAUGCCAAGUAAGUGUGCCCAAAAAGGAGCAUAAACAAACAAAUGUAUAUGUAUGCGGACAAAGCGGACAAAAUCAACAUGGUUGUGAAAACAUAACUAACACACAAACGCACACAGACAACGACUUACACAGACACGAGAAACACACACGCACACAAGCACGCAGAGAGAGCGCGCACAAAGGUAGGCAAUAAAAAUUUACACAUUCGGCUUUUCUCCUGUGACAGGUGUGACAUUUCAAUGCCCUCACAAAAGGUCGCUUCAUUAUGGCAAACACUCUGCCGAAUCUCAGAGUGUUAUUAUCUCUCAAUUAGUGUGAAUAUUUUUUUUUUCUGUGUGUGGCAUUUUGUUUUAAUUUUCAAGCAAUAUAUCACAAAACAUUUUCACUUGAGUUGCAAGUAUGAGCAGUAAACAUAAUUUUCAGCUGGUAUUUAGACAGUCGGCUUGUCAAGGCAACACUUUCGGUUUGAAUUACUUUUUCAUUUCGUUGUAAUGUAUGCAUAUUUGGCAUAAAUUCCCAAUGAAGAGCAAACAGAAAUAAAAUUGAAAAACAAAUUUAUUGAAAACGCUACACGUGAGCCAGCUGAGCUUCGUGCCGCUUUGCUUGAACGGAAAUGGCCAGCAUAAAUCAAAUCUGACAACAUUCUAAAUGACAUUUUCUGAUAGUCGAAUCGGUUUUAUCGUUUGCCAAGGGAAAGUUUUCCAAAAUGUGUAAUAGCUCACUAGGGGGGGACGGAAAUGACCCAUAAAUUGCAACUGAAUUUAUGGACUUGGCUCAUAAUUGAGUCUGGAUUUGCAAACCGUUGACAGAACGCACGAUUGAAGUGAGAAGUUUGUGUACUAAACUCAUUCCGAGCUUGAAUGCGAACUCAAUUUGAAUAACAUUAGUCUCUCUGUUUGCAUAGAUUGAAUUACGAUUUAAUUUGGUUUUGGUUACUCAUAAAUUUGAUCAUCAAAUUUACUGCCCAAACAGAAAGGAAAUAAAACUGAAUAAUGUCCGUGUGAUGGGAGAUGCCUCAGUUGGAAAGUUUAAUUAAAUCAAACGAAAUAAAAACGCAGCCAUAAACACAGCAUAAAUAUUUGAAUUGAGAUAAAUGAAACAAACCAGCGACUCAAACAAUUGCACAAAAGUGCUUUCAAAACGAACGCAAUUGAGUUUCCAGAAAGCAAAAAAGUAAAAUUACCAAAUGGCCAAAGUAAAUUUAUUACACAAAUGGAGGAUUCAAUGGGAAAACGAACAAAUUAUAAAUCAAACAAACCAAUUAAAUAGAAUAACUGCAUGUAAGUAGCGCAAUAAUAAUUAAUAAUAUACAUUUACGACUUUUUGUUCGAUUUCAUUAGCUGAACAAAUCGAGUUUAGUGGCAGUAGAGUAGCGUUAGUCGGUAUCCAAAACUAAAACCAAGUAAAACUAGUUAAUUAAGCCCAAGUGAACUAAAGCGAUAAGCAGAAAUGAGAAAAAGGUCAAAAAUAGCUGCGAUACACAUUAAACAUAAAGAUGGCACAAAAGCAAUGCUCAAAAUGUAUGAAACACAAAAAUGGAGAAAACUGAAAAUAGAAAGCAAAUGACACCGCAUCGCAUAUUCCGCAAAAGUAUCUGUAUAUCCCAAACCCUUUUCCCCUCCAAGUAGUAGCAGUAUGCAAAAAAAGGAUUAUCCUUAAUUAGACAUUUGGCACACUUUUCGAGAGCGGCAGUUAAUUAGCAACCGCCGCCAAACUGCGGCUCUUAAUUCUGAUGGCUGAACAGGAUGUUUUUCCCGAGAGGUGUGGCAUACGGCGCGGGGUGACUCACUUAUGUAAUGUCAUUUGGUGCAGAAAUCCCUACAAUUUUAGUGAAUAGCGUAAAGUCUUUAUUUAAUUAGUAAUAACACGUGUAAAGGCCAUGUUCUUAACUCGACUUUACCAUUGGUAUUAGUAAGAAACUAUGUACCUUGUUAAAUCCUACAAAGUUCUGUGAACUCUUUUUAUGUGACAGCUAAUUGGCAAACAAGUAUUUUUGCAUAUAAUCGCUACUCUAUUUCGCGCUAAAUUCCCAUAAAUAUGAAUGUGUGUAUCCUUUAACGCUCCGUGCAGCGUGUGGCACAAGCAAAUCCCAGCUGGAUAGAGUUUCCCUCCAACUUUGGGGGCAAUUUUAAUAAUAAAGUCGCGCUGGCCGCAAAGUAUGCUACACAAAAUAUAAACUCGUCCUUGCGCCGCAACCCCUUUUCCACUCCCAUGCCCACUUCCCCCUCACCUGUGCACAGGUAGGUAUAAGAGGCAGUGAUGUGUGCUGGUGUUGGAAAAUUGCAAGCCAACAUAAAUUUAUGUCUGCCUGACACUUUUAUGUGCCUCGCUGGCGGUUUCAGCUUUUUACGCCGAAUUUUUAGACGCCAGCAGAACGCAUGCCAAUGUUUGGCUAAGCCGCAGGUUUUGCUCUCCGCAAUUAACGCACACACAUUUCCACGCCGCCCACCUGGCCAGUGGGGCGUGGGGCGUGGCACGUGGAGCGGCCUGUCUGUGUGUCGGUGCAAAGGCGCUUAUUUUUAGACCGAAAGGUCGUCUGUGAGAGGGACUGUAAAAGGCCAGCUGCUGCUGCUCCAUCCACUAACCCACCACUACCACUACCACUUUCCACACGCACACAAACACAAAAAUAAAGGAUACAGGUGUUUGCCUUAACAAUCCGAGAUGAAGCCAUAAGUGCGAUGCUGUGUCAGCUAGCUAUGGAAAUUGAAAAAGGCUCGAAGACAAAGGGAAAAACGGAAGGGAAAAACAUUUAAAUGCUUUCUAUGUAGUGUACUAAGGACCAAUUACCGAUGGCGAUGUGCGGAAGUAAUUAAAAAUAAAAUUGAAAAAUGAAAAAUAUAUACACAAAUUACGGAAAUGUAGCAACGCGCGGUAGACGAUUAACAAAAUUUGCAAUAUAUACAUAGGAGACACACAUUCGACAUAAUGAAUAUUGACUCAAAUACCAUUUAGUAAUUAUACAAGCAUAUAUAUAUAUAUAUAUAUAUAUAUAUGUAUAUAUAUAUAAUAUACCCAAUGAUAUACACGAGAAAUCAAAUUAACACGAAUACGGUAGUUUAGUUCAUCUAGUGGAUCAAGCGUUUGCAUUAUUCGAGUUACAAACCUAUGAAAACCAAAGGAAAACCAAAUGGAAAACCAAAUGAAAACCACUCCGUAUUGUUAAAGUACGUACUAUUAGCUCAAAUGAAAGCUCAAUGCGGCUCUGUAAAAAAAGGGAAAACUGUAAUAUACGCCUAUACAUAACUAAAUAACUAUACUUUGAUAUAUGAUACAUAUAUAUUUUAUAAACAACUUUUACUCUUAAACAAAAACCAUUUUAAUACUCUAUCUUCAGCCUUACCGUAAACUAAAUGGGAAAUUCUAAGAACGAGCAUAGUAGUAACUCAAUAACUCCUAGAGAGCUCAAAUGGCCAAUGGGCAGAUAUGGAAAUCUAUCCUAACCAACGAAAUCGAAUACAAGUUGUUAGUUAUGUUGUUUAAUGUAAAUAAGCUUUAAGGUGGCUAGCUCAAUUCAAUUACUUUGUUUACUCCUUUCGUUAAUGAGUGUUUGGAAAUUAAUUACUUAAGCCGAAUUACUUACUUAAGCGAAAACAAAACCUUUGUGAUCCAACAAGUUUCUUCUCUUCCAUGAAGCAAAACCAAACUAACCAAUAUAAUAAUAUGAAUUUAAAAUUAAUAUGUAAUUACAUUGACUUAAUUAGCUGAGACGUUCAAUAAUUUCGCCUGGCAUUUAGUAAUGGAAAUCGUGAAAAGCGGAAAUACCUAAAAUAUAUAUGAAAGCAUGAAGCCAAAAAGCAAAC